AUGGAGAAGCGCCGACUGCAGCAAGAAGUCGAGAGGACGCUAAAGAGAGUCGAAGAAGGGUGCGAUUUGUUUAUGAGUCUACACAAUAAGUUUAUGCAGCAGCAAACAGCAAAAGGAGAAGCAGAGUUAAAGAAAGAGAUCAAAAGAUUACAGAAACUUAGAGAUGUUAUUAAAGCCUGGCAGGGUAAUAUAGAUAUUAGGAAUAAGGCGCCGUUAGAUAUCAGCAGAAGACGCGUCGAAAAGUGUAUGGAGGCCUUCAGACAGUGCGAGCGUGAGUUAAAGACAAAAAGUUAUAGUAAAGACGGUUUAGCAGCAGCAGCAGCAGCUGCUGCUGCUGCUGCUGCUGCAGCUGCAGCAGCAGCUACGGGAGGUGCCAGUGGGGAAGAUACACCGCAUACACAAGAUCGACAUAGAGAACAUGUUGCUGCUGCGCUGCAGCAGCUGCAGCAGCAAAUGCAGACUCUGCAUGCAGAUAUUAAUCAUCAAGAAUAUAAGAAGACAAACAAAAAAGAUAAAGAUAAAAAGAAGAACGAACAGCUUACAGAGACUUAUUCUCUUCAUAUUAAAAAACUUACACACGUCUUGCGCUUAGCUGAUGAGGGUCUGCUGCCUCCAGCAGCACUUGCUGCUGUUGCUGCUGCAGCAGAACACUACACCAGCAGCAGCACCACAAACCCUGAUGCUCUUCCUGAUGCUUCUAUCUAUGAUUGCUUAGCGGCAUAUGAAGACGAAGCCACCCUCAGCGAAGAGCAGAGCGACGCACAUUCAGAUGCUGCUGCUCUCUCGGCGGAUACACCUUCGAAUUCUGCUGCAGAGGGGAGCAGCAGCUCAUCUGGGGGGCCCCGCAGCAGCAGCAGCAGCAGCAGCAGCAGCAGGCGGGCCCUCAGUGCUGCAGAGGAGCCUGAAGGAUCGCCGAAGAGAAACAACAGACGCAGCAGCAGCCCAAGCAAUGCUGCUGCUACCACCGCAAACAGCAGCAGCAAGGGGAAGCAGCAGCAGCAGCAACAGCAGCAGGGAUCUACUGCUGCUGCAGCCGCGACCGAACAGGGUGCUGGUUCUCCGGCAGCAGCAGCACGGGGAGGUAGCAGCAGCAACAGCAGCAGCAACAGCAGCAGCAGCAGCAGCACUAAAGGAGGGGAAGUUGGCAGCGUUUGGAAGACAGGCAGGCUGCAUGCUGCUGCUGCAGAGCAGCAACAGCAGCAACAGCAGCAACAGCAGCAGCAGCAGCAACGGGGUAGCGGUACAGGUGGCACAGCAGCCGGAAGCGUAGCUCCUUGGAAGGCAAAGACAGCAGCCGCAGCUGCUGCUGCUGCAGCACCCGCAGCAGCUGCAGCAGGAACACCAGCAGCAGGAGCAGCAGCAGCAGGAGCUGCUGCAGCAGGAUCUGCUGGAGCAGGAGCCACGGGGCCUUCCGGUAGCAAGGGGCAGGGAAAGCAGCAGCAGCAACAGCGGGGUGCUGCUGAAACUGGCAGCAGCAACGGCAGCACCAGCAGCAACGGCAGCACCAGCAACAGCAGCAGCAGCAAUACGAAUGCAGCAGCAGCAGAUUCUCAAGGGGGCAUAGGCCCUCAACCUGCAGCGGAUGCUGCUUCUGACUUAUCAGUGGUUGCUGCAGCAGUUGCUGCUUCUUGUGCAUGUCGGCCUUUAUACUGGGAUUGCGACUUUAGCAUUUCUUCGUCUUUUACUUCACCCUUCUUCUUUCCUCCUUGGAUCCCAAGAGAGUCAUCACAGCUUUGUAUUAAUACAAGAGCACCUUGGUUGCAGUCUAAUAGAGUCAUUGAAGAGACUGCAGCAGCAGCAGCAGCUGCUGCUGCUGCUGCUGCUGCAGGAGCAGCAACAGGAACUGCAGCAGCAGCCGCAGGGACGCCGUCAGCAACCGGAGCAGCAGCAGCAGCAGCAGCAGCUACAGCAGCUGAUGCAGCAGCAGCACCACCAGCAGCAACAGUAUCAAGAGGGCCGCCUGCUUGCUUUCCUAGAGGGAAGCUUGUUGCUGCGGAGAGCAGAGAGUUUUUCAGAGGGUUGGAGACAGAUGCGUUAUUUUUUGCUUUUUAUUAUCAACGGGGAACAGUGCAGCAACUGCAAGCAGCACGCGAGUUGAAGGCGUUGUCGUGGCGGUAUCACAAGAAGUACAACACCUGGUUUCAGCGCUUAGAAGAGCCGAGGGUUUCGACAGACAAAUACGAACAAGGAAGCUACGUUUACUUCGAUUAUGAUAACG